CUGCGAGGAUGUUCAUUUUGUUGUAAGAAGAGCUCUUUGUUUUUUUUUAUCUCUUCUUCCACCAACUUUCGGAUUUUUCUUUGGUUAAUAAAUAAAAUCUUCCGUGAGUUGUCUUUCGAAACGAGUGACAUAGAAAGUAUUGUGUUCUUGAAGAGUUAAAAAAAAAAAAAAAAAAAAGGGCAUGGACAGCCUCGAAGAAAAUGUGUUUAUGUUCAUGGAUGAACAAUAUUAUUAUUCCAAUGAAUCAAAUGUGGAAGAGCUAUGGUGGGAAAACAACACCGACUCUGAGCACUCACCCGAUACAACUUUGUAUUGGGAAUCUCAGGUCACACUGCUUCAGGAAAUAUUGGAGAGGUACCAUUUAAAUGGGUCAAAACUGAGACUAGACGUUGGUCGAAUCAUAAAAGAGGUUAAAGAUUCGGAUUAUUGCAGCUGCUUGAACCCUUUCUCUUCCGAUUGCACCACCUGUUUGAGAAGACAAGUCGUUUCUGGCCUCUCCGACAGAGGAUUCAGCACCAACCUUUGCAUUUCUAAAUGGGGUACCACUAAAAAGUUUCCAGGAGGGUGUCACGAAUAUAUUGAGGUGAUUGCGAGCACAUCAACAAGGAAGAAGAAAAUCCAUUUUCUGGUGGAAUUGGAAUUGAGGGAGCAGUUUCAGAUAGCAAAAGCGAGUGAGAAUUACCAGAAACUUGUGUCCUGUUUGCCUGAAUUCUACAUCGGAAAACCGGAGUACUUAACUGCCAUUGUUCGAGUAAUGUGCAAUGCUGCAAAAAAAUCAAUGAAGGAAAAGAAAAUGCACGUGGGGCCGUGGAGGAAGAGCAGCUUCAUGCAGAUGAAGUGGUCAGGGUUCAAUCAAACAUACAACAAUGGAGGUCACUUUGCAAAAGCAAGUGAAUCUUACCUCAGAAUUUCAGGGGCUCAUACACCAGUCAUAGUCACCUGAAAAACAAAAUGAGAAAAAUUACUUCAAUUCCAACACUAAAUUUUGAGCUUAGGCUUCUAUAUGUAUAUAUAUAUAUAGUAGUAGGAGUUGAUGCCCCUGUGGUCAGCGGAGCAAUAUAUAUAUUAGAUCAAUUCAGUGUCCUUUACUAUAGGUCCAAGAUCAUGGUGUAAUAUAUUCGCCUAGCAUAGAAUAAUAUCAUAUAUAUAUAUAUUUGUAAAUAUCCUUGUUGAGUCAUGAAUGUAUUCAAGGUCAAAUGUUAAUACUUAAAAGCAUCCACCAUCAAA